GAAACGAAACCUGUCUCGUGAAGCAGCAGGACCAACACUCUUUUCUCUUCCAUUUUUCUUUUCUUUUCUUUUCAUUUGAUUUCUCUUUGAAAAUCCCUUCCUUUCUCUCUCUAAAUUCUUUGCUUCUUUCCGUUUCCUUUCCCUUUAGAUGUUUAGUUCAAAGUGUUUCCUUUCUACAUUCACCUCAUUUCACUCACAUUACCAAUAAAUAACCCUCCACAAAGUCCCGAAGGUGAAAGCUAGAGGUAAAGAGAGUAGAAUUGGAGUAAAACCCAUUUUUAGUUGAAGGGAAAAAUGUCGGAUUUAGGUAAGCCGGUGACGGAGAGAGGGGGUUUCGAGAAACUUCCUGAUCAACUUCGUGACUCACUGAGUUACGAUUUUAACAAGCCUGAUUUCCGUGAACUCGAUCUGGGUUCACCCGUUUCGCCGCUCCGAACUCGACAAUCCGGUCUCACGAUGACAACGACUACUAGUUCGAGCUCGAGCUCAUCCGGAUCGGUUUCGGGUCGAAAUGGAUCCAUCGUGACUGGUAGAAGAUACGAGUCUCGUAUAAAUAACAAUUCCGGCGAACUUUCCGGGUCAAACGAAACAAGCCCGACUGUUUCGACGCGGAUUUUAAAACCGGGUCAGAUAAGAUCCGAACCCAACAUCCCCGUCAGUUCUCCGUCUGUCAAUGUUCUUCCGACGGGUAAUAUAUGUUCUUCAGGGAAAAUCCUAAAAACCGGCAUGGCGGUGAAUCGGAGCUCAAGGCCCGACGUUUUAGGUUCUAGGUCCGGUAAUUAUGGCCAUGGCAGUAUAAUGCGGGGCUCUGGAAUGGGAAUUGGACACAUUACAGCUUCCAAAGGUGGUACCUUUGAUCACAAUAACACCAUGGGGAAAGCAAUGGAACCUGAUGAAGUGAAGAGAAUUGGCAAUGAGAUGUAUAAAAAAGGACAAUUUUUAGAGGCUUUGAGUUUAUAUGAUAAGGCUAUAGCUUUGUCUCCAGGUAUUGCGGCUUACCGGAGUAAUAGAGCGGCGGCAUUGACGGCGUUAGGGAGAUUAGGAGAGGCGGUGAAGGAGUGUGAGGAAACUGUUAAGUUGGAUCCUAACUAUUGGAGGGCUCAUCAGAGAUUGGCUUCAUUGUUGUUAAGGGUCGGGCAGGUCGAAAACGCUAGGAAGCACCUAUGUCUUCUGGGGCAGCCACAAGAUCGAACUGAGUUACAGAAGUUGCAGGCUGUGGAAAAGCAUCUUUGCAAGUGUACAGAUGCUCGGAGAAUUAGGGACUGGAAGAGUGCAUUAAGGGAAACCGAUGCUGCCAUUGCCUCUGGAGCUGACUUCUCUCCUCAGCUUUUUAUGUGUAGAGUGGAAGCCCUUUUGAAACUCCAUCAACUCGAUGAUGCUGAAUCAAGCCUUUCGGUUGUUCCUAAAUUAGAACCAUGCACCAACUCCUGUUCACAGACUAAGUUCUUCGGGAUGUUUUCUGAAGCAUAUCUCUUCUUUGUCCAAGCACAAAUUGAGAUGGCACUCGGAAGGUUCGAGAAUGCUGUUACAGCUGCUGAAAAGGCUGAACAAAUUGAUCCCCGAAAUGUUGAAGUUGCUGUACUGCUUAACAACGUGAAGUUGGUUGCGAGAGCACGGGCACGUGGGAAUGAUCUGUUCAAAUCCGAAAGAUUCACUGAGGCCUGCUCAGCGUAUGGGGACGGUCUUAGGCUCGAUCCAUCAAACUCUAUUCUUUAUUGUAACAGAGCAGCUUGUUGGUUUAAGCUCGGGCGGUGGGAACAUUCCGUUGAAGAUUGUGACCAAGCUUUAAGCAUCCAACCAAAUUACAUAAAAGCCCUUUUACGAAGAGCGGCAUCUAAUAGCAAGCUAGAGAGAUGGGCUGAUGCGGUUCAAGAUUACGAAGUUUUGCGAAGGGAACUUCCCGAUGACAACAAGAUUGCCGAAUCUCUAUUUCAAGCACAAGUCGCAUUGAAGAAAUCUCAUGGCGACUUCGGCGAGGAAGCAUGCAGUAUCAAACAGUUCCGAGCUGCGAUAUCUCUGCCAGGCGUUUCCGUAGUCCAUUUCAAGAUGAGUUCCAACAUGCAAUGCAAACAGAUAUCUCCAUUCGUGGAUUCACUAUGUGACCGCCAUCCCUCCGUAAAUUUUCUAAACGUGGACAUCGAGGAGAGUCCUGGAGUUGCAAAUGCCGAAAACAUAAGUAUCUUACCAACAUUCAAGAUAUACAAAAACGGUUGCUGCCUCAAGGAAAUGGUGUGUCCGAGUCGAGAAAUGCUUGAACACUCAGUGAUACAUAAUAGCUCUUACAACCCAUGAUGGCACCGUUUUCCACUAUAAUUUUUUCCGGUACUUUCUUGCUGCCCAAAUCUCCAUUUUUGUUGGGAAUUUACACAAAAACCAUUGUGCCAUAGGAACCCAGAAAAGUCACAGCUUUUAGUUCCCUUUUGCAGCUUUUAAAUUUAUUCAUUCAUUUCCUCAUUGCUUUGGGGUUCAUUUUAAAGAUGCAAUGAGAGGAUUUGCAGGCAGGCUGUUAGUAGAUGAUAUGUGCUUGUGUAUAUAUACGUGUGAUGAUAAAUAUUGUUUCUUUUUUAUUUCAUCAAUAAGGAAAAAAAAUUCGUAUUAUCUAUAAA